GCGAUCAAAUCAAAUCAAAUGGUAGACGCAGAACGACGCCAUACGCCAUCUCCGUCGGUGCUGCUGGGAGAUGGCAACGACGAAGUGUAGAGGUCGCGUGCUUUGGAGGCGGUCCGAUCGCCAGCGCCACGCGCUGCUGAUUCCACAGCUAUCGGCAGCACCCUGAAUUCAUCAUCUGCCCGACACGCAAGUCUUGUGGUCUUUUUUUUUCUGCUGGAUGGGCUCACUGUUUUCUUGGCUGAUCUCAACUUAAGCCUUGUCGUCCAGCCCUCGAGAACGAGGCAGUGGGUGUAAUGGAGCACGAAGCCGCCGUGGAGCAGCACCAGCACCCUGGCCGUCAGUGUCGCUCGGUGUCCUUUGACAACGGGAAACAUCACGUGAUCGACACUGACCCUGACCCCGAUGUGGACCCGAGCAGGCUGCGGCCCAUCGUAGGACGACCUCCCACACCGAGACCAUCGCGUACAGACUUCAACGCUGCUGAAGUGGACGAAUCCGCAGAAUCUUCGCGGCCGCAGAGCUGCACCUCGCAGGGAUCUUUGUCCUCGACUGCGUCUGAGCCAAAGCCCGUACCUCAACUCAACCCCGAGAUGCUGGUGAUGAGGCUGACGGUGGACUGCGCACCUAGGACAGGUGACAAGGAAGCAGUACUUCGUGAAAGGGGAGAGGGUGUCCAGGACACCCCUACGGGACCGGAGAAGGAUGAUCUAAAGAAUGAAAGCAGCACCCUGGAGGACAGCAACAGCAACAUGGUCGCUGAAUAGAUCAGUUGUGCACGGAAUCUAAAUUUGCGCCUGGAGCCGCGGGCCAGGUCAUUGUGAUUGAUGUCAAUAAAAAGGAACGACUACUGA